UCUUCCGUCCCAACCGGAAAAGGUUCAGUGGCACUUCCGGUUGUAAAUGUGCAAAGAUGUCGACGUCUUUAUUUAAUUUUGUCGAAGCUAAAGACAAAUUUACGGCUUCUGCCGGAUUGGCUCUAACUGAUAAAACCAGUAAACCGCUGAUAAACGCUUUCAACCAGAUCCCCGGCAGUGAGACGGAAAAGAAAACCACGCUGGACCAGGCGCUGAGGGGAGUCCUCGGGGAUCAGAUUGUGGAGCGGAAAGCGAUCUGCGAUGAAUACCUGUCCCUCAUCGACCUGAGCAUCGAUGGCGUCAAGGAGGGUAUCUGCUCCGCUACAACACCCUUCAUUCUCCUGGGGGACGUAUUGGAUUGUCUCCCCCUCGACCAGUGUGACAAAAUCUUCUCCUUUGUGGAGGACAAUGUCUCCACCUGGAAAUCGAACUCCUUUUAUUCGGCCGGGAAGAACUACUUGUUGAGGAUGUGCAAUGAUCUUUUGAGGAGGCUUUCCAAAUCUCAGAACACAGUGUUCUGUGGGCGGAUCCAGCUGUUCCUGGCACGCCUCUUCCCUCUGUCUGAGAAGUCAGGUCUCAAUCUACAGAGCCAGUUCAAUCUGGAAAAUGUGACUGUUUUUAAUAAAAACGAACAAGAAAGCACUCUCGGCCAGAAGCCCUCUGAAGAAAAGGAGGAUGGCAUGGAGGUGGAGGAAGGAGAAAUGGGAGAGGAUGAUGCUCCUGCACCGUGUUCCAUUCCCAUCGACUACAACUUGUACAGGAAGUUCUGGACGCUGCAGGACAACUUCAGAAACCCUCUGCUGUGUUAUGAAAAGUUCUCGUGGAUGACAUUCCUCAAGUACUCAGACGAGACCUUGGCCGUAUUCAAGAGCUUCAAGCUGGAUGACAUGCAGGCGUCUAAGAGGAAACUGGAGGAGCUCCGAGCGUCUGGAGGAGAACACGUCUACUUUGCCAAGUUCCUCACCAGCGAGAAGCUGAUGGACCUGCAGCUGAGCGACAGCAACUUUAGACGACACAUUCUGCUUCAGUACCUCAUUCUCUUCCAGUACCUGAAGGGUCAGGUCAAGUUCAAAAGCUCCAGCUGUAUGCUGAAUGAUGACCAGGCCGCGUGGAUAGAGGAGACAACUAAGCUGGUUUAUCAGCUGCUAAAAGAGAUCCCUCCAGAUGGAGACAAGUUUGCCACCAUGUUGGAGCACAUCCUCAACACAGAGGAGAACUGGAACGCCUGGAAAAAUGAGGGAUGCCCAAGCUUCGUGAAAGAAAGGGUAGUAGACGACAAACCCAAACGUCCCACCAGGAAAAGACAAGCGCCAGAAGACUUCCUUGGAAAAGGACCCGACCGCAAGAUCUUCAUGGGAAAUGACGAGUUGACUCGACUGUGGAACUUGAACCUGGACAACAUGGAAGCCUGCAAGUCAGACAGCAGGGAGUUCAUGCCAUCGCUGGAUGAAUUCUUUGCAGAAGCCAUUGAACAGGCCGACCCCACCAACAUGGUGGAGGAUGAGUACAAGGUUGUUCGGAACUCAAACUACGGCUGGCGCGCUCUGAGGCUGCUGUCCAGGAGAAGUCCGCACUUCUUCCAACCGACUAACCAGAAGUUCAAGAGCCAGGCGGACUACCUGGACACCAUGGUCAGCAAACUGGCCAAAGAGCUGCCGAAGGACAUCCCGUCUGAGGAGAUCAAGACGGGAGAAGAGGAUGACGACGAUAAUGGAGACAAUCUCCUCAAGGACAGCAACGACAUUUCAUCCGUCUUUCCUCCAGGUCCGAGCAUACAGACCAAGAUUGUGACCAACCAGCAGAUGGACGAAAUCGCAGCCAAACUCGGCGCUCAGUGGAAGACGCUGGCGUCUCACCUGGAGAUGAAGGCAGCCGAGUUGCGGGAGAUUGAGACGGACAGCGAAGACGUGGACAUGCAGGCCAAGCUGCUGCUGGUCGCCUGGCAGGACAGAGAGGGAGGACAAGCUACUGUGGAGAACCUGAGCUCCGCUCUGAAUGCAGCUGGGUUCUCUCAGAUUGCAGACAACCUCAAUGAGGCUUAAAGUAGAUCAGUUAAUACUUGAGUUUUACUGUUGCAGCGCUUCUUUGUACCAAAAAUAAUCCGAGAUUGGAAUUUUUGUAUGAGCUGAAGUUGAAAACUGUUUUUUCACUGUAGAAAAGCCAAUAAAUGUUUUUUUUAAAUAAAGACUUUGACUAUU